AAAGUAUUAGCUCCACACAACAGCACUGACCUUGGAGCAGCUGCGAUGUCUAAGUUGGAAAAGAUAUUCUCCCUACUUCAGAGGUUCCGAUUGGAAUCUUACUACAAUGCAUAUCUUGAAAUUGGGGUAAAAGAUGAGAGAGACUUCAUUGAUAGUAUUGAUGAUGACAUCUUAGCAACUUUAGGUUUAUCUCAAUUAGAGAAGAAAAGAUUUGCAAACAUGCAGACACACAUUCAAAAGCUUGGAAGCACGAUAGAAAAGUCGACGGAGGCAUUCAAGGUGACAUACAGCUUCCCCAAAUGCUCUGAGCCUAAAGAGAUCAGUGACAUAGAUCCAUCUCAGAACACGCUGGAUGAUCUGAUGCUCCGGAUUGGUUUUCAGGAACAAAUAGGCAAUGACAAAGCCAUGUGUAUUUACACAGUAGACGGAAUGCCUUUAACAGACGAUCCUUUCUUCAACACAUGGAGUUUAAAGGACAGGCACAUUGAAAAUGGAAGUGAGCUGUACGUCAUAUUUACACCCAAGCAGAACCUUCGAGCCGCACCAGCAGUCAUUUCACAGGAGACCAGUGAGAUUCCCGGGGAUGACAUUGUCCGGUGCCACAUCAUGCUCAAGGGAGACUAUGAAAUUCAGUUGGACUUGGAAAAAGACACACUGAGGGACCUGAGAAGGAAGCUGUCCAAAGAAAGCGGAAUACCUGUACAUGUCCUGCAUGCUAGAGAUGUAGGAGGAGGACCUGGACAAUCCUUGAAAGAUCUUGAGAUCAGCAGCCAGUCUGUGGUUCAUUUCUCACUGUCUUCAUUUGAAAACACAUACAUGAAAUACACAGAAUUCUUCAUGUCUGACAUUUCCCCUUCAGUUCAACAAACACAGAAGGGAAUGAGUGUUUUCUUCUCGACAUUCUAUAUCAUUGUAAGCUAUGAUGACCCUUUUUCUCAUGCUCCUUAG